AUGACCCAGAGUCUUCAGGUAGUUUAUUUUGGUCCACACAGAGCGGAGACAAAGACUUACAGAGGGACGGUCCAUCCAUCCUCUACCGGCUCCAGGGUGGUGUGUAACCUUCCCAGGCUGAACACCCACACCCUGACAGUGGGCACAGCACCGGGCACAGCCCCCCCUACCCUUCAGAGACUGGUGGAGGAGCUGAGACCCCUGGUCAGGGAACAGCAGAACCAGGGAGGAGAGGAGGAGAGCACAGUAGGAAGUGGGGAGGAGGAGAAAGACACAGAUCACAGAGAUCCACCUGUCCUCAGUGGAGUCACAGCAACAACAGAAGACAUGGGACACACUCAGUCCCUGGAAGACGUGGCCAACUCAGAUCCCUCAUACACAGACCUGAAGGAGUGUCUCCAGGAAGGUAAGAGCUGUGUGGGGAGGGAAGCAGACAGCUGUCAGGAGAGCUGUUACACUGUUCACCCAGAGGACCAACCUGCAGACUGCUGUCAGGAGAGCUGUUACACCGUUCACCCAGAGGACCAACCUGCAGACUGCUGUCAGGAGGGCUGUUACACUGUUCACCCAGAGGACCAACCUGCAGACAGUGAAUGGUUAACCACAACAGACUCUAUCCCCACCACUAAGGGUCUGUCAGACUCUGACCCCUCUCCCCUGUCAGACCCUUCUACCCUGGACAAUGGACAGGACAUGCAGGAGGGUACAGCUGACUCUGUGAGAUCAUGUCCUAUAGAGAUAGAGGGCCUCAGUGAGGGUGAACCUCCACUGGAACAAAGUAAGAAAACAGCUUCUGCUAGGGCUGGGGAGGGCUCUGGUGGCUCUGGUGGCUCCACAGAGGAACAGUUUCACCCCUCUGAGAAGGGCAGCCACGGGGCUCAGGAAACUGGACUCCAUUCUGGGGACUGUGAUGAUAGAGAAAUGGGAGAUGCCUAUGGCCCUGUAGAAACAUCUAUGGACCAUGCAGCUGAGAUCUCAGCUAUCAGUGGCUCUAUGGACAGUACAGUAACAGCAGUAUUAAAUUGUGGAGCGUUGCUGUUCUCAGGAAGUAGGCCUGCUGAUAGAGAAUCUGCUGAUACACCACCAGCACCCUUGUUAGAGCCUGAACCCCUGUUAGAGCCUGAACCCCUGUUAGAGCCUACACCACCAGAACCCCUGUUAGAGCCUACACCACCAGAACCCCUGUUAGAGACUACACCAACAGAACCCCUGUUAGAGCCUGAACCCCUGUUAGAGCCUGAACCCCUGUUAGAGCCUACACCACCAGAACCCCUGUCAGAGCCUGAACCCCUGUUAGAGCCUGAACCCCUGUUAGAGCCUACACCAACAGAACCCCUGUUAGAGCCUACACCACCAGAACCCCUGUUAGAGCCUGAACCCCUGUUAGAGUCUACACCAACAGAACCCCUGUUAGAGCCUACACCAACAGAACCCCUGUUAGAGCCUACACCACCAGAACCCCUGUUAGAGCCUGAACCCCUGUUAGAGCCUGAACCCCUGUUAGAGACUACACCACCAGAACCCCUGUUAGAGCCUACACCACCAGAACCCCUGUUAGAGACUACACCAACAGAACCCCUGUUAGACCCUGAACCCCUGUUAGAGCCCUACACACCAGAACCCCUGUUAGAGACUACACCAACAGAACCCCUGUUAGACCCUGAACCCCUGUUAGAGUCUACACCACCAGAACCCCUGUUAGACCCUGAACCCCUGUUAGAGCCGACACUAGAGCCCUACAUACCAGAACCCCUAUUAGAGCUGACACUAGAGCCCGCAAUAGAGCAUCACUCAGAGUCCUCAUCAGAGCCUCAGUCAGAGCAGGUGUUCGAGGGGGAACUGCCACUAGAGGGCAGUUACAGACAGGGUGACAGAGAAGGUGAGAGACAGGAUGUCAGACAGGGCAAGCCCAUAGAGGCUGGUGACUCUGGCCUCAGAGCUGAGAUCAUGGAGGGUGUGUUAGGGUCAGAGGUAACAGAGGGGAGAGUGUCUGUACCUGCAGACCUCCAGACAGACCACCAGACAGACUUGCAGGACAGUGAGUCCCCUCCAGAGGACAGGGAUGGGACUACCCCCAUGGAUGGAGACCUCCCGCCCCCAGAAACAGGCUCCAACUCUGGGGGAGCGUCUGGUGGAGCAGGUGGAGAGAAGGAUGGAGAGGAGGGUGGAGAGGGUGUAGAGAUGGAGAUAACGGAGGUCCUACGGAGACCUAGUGAGCCCCCCUCAGUUCUAGGGGAACACAUUGGAGACCCCUCUGCAAGGACAGUGAAUCAGGAGUCCUGUGGCACCAGGGCGGAGGAGGGGUCAGGACACUCAGACAGUCAACCUGCUACAGACCAAGCCCUCAACCUCAACCCCUCUGUAACCCUCGACUACUCUGUGACCCUAACCCUGACCCUCGACCCCUCUGUGACGUGGUCAGACUGUGGAGAUGGAGAUGAUGUCACUGCUGUAGUGGUGUCCACAUAUACAGGGGAUGUCCCACCUAACAGUCCAGUGUCACCUGAGAACAUACCUGAGAACCUACCUGAGAACCUAAACGAGAACCUACCAGAGAAUCUACCUGAGAAUCUAAAUGAGAACGCACCAGAGAACACACCAGAGAACGCACCUGAGAUCCUACCUGAGAUCCAACCUGAGAUCCUACCUGAGAACCUACCUGAAAACCUACCUGAGAACCUAACUGAGAACGCACCUGCGAACCUCCCUGAGAUUCUACCUGAGAACGGACCUGAGAACGCACCUGAGAUCCCACCUGAGAUCCAACCUGAGGACCUACCUGAAAACCUACCUGAGAUUCUAUCUGGGAACCUGCAUGAGAUCCUACCUGAGAAUCUACCUGAGAACCGAACAGAUGCUGUCUGUUCUGCAAGUCACCUUACUGUCCCUGUUGAAGACUGUCAGAGUGUGAGUAGUUUCAGCACUACUCUCCACAAAGACUCAGACAGCGACACUGAGAGCAUCUUCAGCACAGGAGAGGACAGUGUUUUCCACAAGGGGGAUGAUACGGUGAUGGGGGACAGCACCAGUGAGGUGUCUGUAUCCUGUUCCUCCACAGAUGACACGGCCAGCGGGGGUCCGACCAGCUCCAGCCCAGAGAGUUGUGUGGAGGGGGGCCUGGGGGAGAGGGGCUGCAGGGACCACGGCCGCAGCUGGAGCCCUGUAGAGGGCCACACACAAGGGCCCACGGCAAGAGAAGGUCCAGGAGGAGAGGCAGAGGAAGAGGUGAAGGACAGACUGACGGAGGUGCCACGGCGCCCAGCUAAACAUCGUCCCAGCAUCAGGUCUCUGUCCCCGUUCAGACGCCACAGCUGGGGAGCAGGGAAGAACACAGCAGGAAACGGAGACAUGAACCAAUGCAGCUACAGCCUGGAGGGUCUGAGUGAAGUAAGUGAUGAUGGGAAGUCGGCCCUGGGCGCCAUUACCCAGGAGGCCAGGCUGCGGGGAGUGGUCUGUCACCAGGGCAGCAACGAGGAGAGGGUCAGGUCUCUAGAAUCUCUGACAGAAGAACACCAAUCUGAGCUGGGGGUUCGCACCACGGAGCGCGGACAGAUGGUCCUUUCCAUCUCCUCUUCCUCUUCAGGUACCAGGUCAUUCUCCAGCACUUCUGGCUCUCUGGCUUACAGUAUAUCUGAGGAGGACAUAGAGGGUCCCCUGAGGACUGACUUUGAUGGGAAGAGUGGAACCAAGGUUAGCCGAACCUUCAGCUACCUCAAGAACAAGAUAUACAAGAAGACCAGG